AUGCUUGGGGAUGUAGUAUUUGAAAUCUGAGAAUCCGGGCGGGUGGGCGAACGCGUGUUAAGCCAGAAGGGGCUGGACUUAGUAACAACUUCCCGAGCCCAUACGAAGAAGGCGUAGCAGUUGAAUGGAAACCGCUUCGCUCUUGCAUCUACCACGGUAUUUGAUCGUCGGCAUUGUUGCUACGCUCGAUCCGAGUACACCGUGCGUUUCGGUUUGAAGGGUGGGGCAGCCGUUGUAACUAUACGGAGACCUUAGAACUUAUCUCAAGAUGAGUGGCAGCAUUUACGUUGUAAAUGUCUAUGGGCUCCGGUAACCACUCAACACCAGGCGGCGUGGGGGUGAAGGGGUGAGUGCGGCGUGAGGGGAACUGAGGAACUUUUCUCCGAGCUCUGAUUGCAAAUGUGAAUUUGUGUAAGUCUGAGUGGAAAGAGUGUUCCCAGUGAAAAGGGGUAAUGAGGCGGUAGAGUGAGGCCGAAUUAGUUGUAACCCCACCACUGUACAUUAGGACACGUUAUGAAAAUAAUUGUGGUAACUCGAAUAGUUAAUAAGCGUGAAAAUUGGAAGGAUGGAGCAUUGACAAAGGAAGCGUGGCGACUAUAAAAUCGAAUUGCGGCUUCGAAUGUUUCAUACGAUCGACAACCAGCUUUGUUGCCGUACACUAACUAACCAGGCCUAAGCAUGUUCCAAUACAUUGCGAUAGCGUGUUUACUCGGAGUUGCAGCGGCGGCACCAUCGGCGACUCCAACAGCAGCAGCUUAUGUGGCGGCAGUCGACAGCGUUUCGGUACCGCACUACGGUUUCAACUACGCUGUCAACGACCCCCACACCGGCGACAACAAGGCACAGACAGAGUCUCGCGACGGAGACGUUGUGAAAGGCUCAUAUUCGCUCACGGAGCCUGACGGCACCAUCAGAGUAGUGGACUACACUGCAGACUCCGUUACUGGAUUCAACGCUAACGUGAAACGGCUCGGGCCGGCUGCACACCCGCAGACGCUUAUAACGAAACAGGCGAUCGUCGCGCCGGUUGUAACUCACGCUGUCGCUUCUGUGGCACACGUCCCAACUAGUCUCAUAUCUGUGGGAAUAGGCCACGGACACGGCGGCCACCAUUACGCAGGUCUAGGUCAUAUUGGCCACGGACACGGCGGCCACGAUUACGCAGGUCUAGGUCACAUUGGCCACUAUGGGAUAGGCCAUGUUGGACACGCAGAUCUUGCUCAUAUCGGUCAUGGACAUAUCGGCCACCUCGGCUUAGGGCAUGUAGACCUCGGUUACGCUGGAAUCGGUCAUCACGCCCACGUAGGUCUCGACCACAUUGGCCACAUUGGUCUCGGUCAUGGAGGUCUCGACCACAUUGGCCACAUUGGCCUUAGUCAUGGAGGUCUCGACCACAUUAGCCACAUUGGCCUCAGUCAUGCAGGUCUUGACCACAUCGGUCAUGGUCUCAGUUUGAAGCAUUAGGCAUUUUAAAUUUGAAUUAUGGUACCUACGAAAUAAUUUAGCCGCGCUUUUACUUGAUAAAAAGCGGACAUGACUUUUCUAAUAAAACUUUGAACAAAAUCAACGUUUAUUCUUUUCUGAAAUAGGAAAUAAAACACAAACCCCUCACUACACAAAUAUUUAUUUAAUAAAUACCAUCAACAUAUCCAUUUAAAUGCACAAAAUAUUUGAGCGAUUACACUAAGUCCCGGGGGUCAGUAUUCAGAAGACUGCUAUAAUUCAUUUACACGUAUGAUUCUAUCGUUAAUCCCGAGGGAAUGAUUUCGAAGGGUCGCGUUUCAUAAUUACGUCUUAGGAAUCCGCCCUUCCCCGAAGAGGAACAAACAGAAACGGUCCACCAAAUACGCGAACAACAUAUCAGCUAUCAAAACUUGCACGAGUAUCACCCGAUA